UAACAGUUCUCUUCUCUAACAACCAAAUCAUAUCUUAGCUUGUUCCUUUUCACCCAGCUACUAGUCUCUGUGUUCUUGGUCGUUGAUGAAGAAAGCCAUGGCCUGGGCUUGGCUACUGCCUCUCGGCCUCGUUUUCUUUGCCUCUGUCGCUCAAGCUGCUGUUGUGGAGCACACCUUCAAUGUCGGGAACCUGUCUAUAAGCCAGCUGUGCCAGCCGGCGAGGAUCAUCACGGCGGUGAACGGGCAGCUCCCCGGCCCGACCAUCGAGGCCCGGGAGGGCGACACGGUUGUUGUCCACCUCGUGAACCAGUCGCCCUACAACAUGACCAUCCACUGGCACGGCGUGUUCCAGCGCGGCUCGCCGUGGGCGGACGGCCCGUCGAUGGUGACGCAGUGCCCCGUCCAGCCGGGCGCCAACUACACGUACCGCUUCAACGUGACGGACCAGGAGGGCACGCUGUGGUGGCACGCCCACAUCUCCUUCCACCGCGCCACCGUCUACGGCGCUCUCCUCAUCCGCCCCCGCGGCGGCGCCGCUGCCUACCCCUUCUCCCCCAAGCCCCACCGGGAGGAGACCGUCAUCCUCGGCGAGUGGUGGAACGCCAGCGUCUACGACCUCGAGCGCAUGGCGUUCCUCACCGGCAACCCCGCCGGCCCCGCCGACGCCUACACCAUCAACGGCAAGCCGGGGGACUCGGACAACUGCUCCACCGCUAACCAGACUUACACGUUCCGGGUGCGGCGCAACGAGACGUACCUGCUCCGGAUCAUCAACGCCGCGCUCAACACGCCCAUGUUCCUCAAGGUGGCCAACCACAGCUUCACCGUGGUGGCCGCGGACGCCGCCUACACGACACCGUACGAGACGGACGUGGUGGUGGUGGCGCCGGGCCAGACCGUGGACGCGCUCAUGGCCGCGGGCUCCGCCGCGGGCCGGUACUACAUGGAGGCAUCGCCCUACGACAGCGCCGUCGGCGCGACCCCGCCCUUCAACCCGACCACCGCCACGGCCGUCGUCGAGUACGCCGGCGCGCCCGCGGGGGGCGAGCCGGCAAAGCCGCCGCGGCCACCGUCCAACGACACGGCCACCGCGUUCCGGUUCCUCUCCAACCUUAUCGCGCUGGUGCUCCCCGGCAAGCCGACGGUGCCGCUCGCCGUGGACACGCGCAUGUUCGUCACCGUCGGGCUUGGCGUCUCCGACUGCCAGCCGGACCAACUGUUCUGCAACCGGAGCCGCACCGUCUUCUCCUCCAGCAUGAACAACGCCUCCUUCGUGCUCCCCGCCCUCGGCAAGCCGUCCAUGCUGGAGGCGCACUACCGGAACGAGUCCGCCGACGUGUACACCCGCGACUUCCCCGACCGGCCGCCGCUGGCCUUCGACUACACCGCCGACGCCAGCAACACCGCGACCCUGCAGUACACGACCAAGUCCACCAAGGUGCGGACGUUGCGGUACAACGAGACGGUGGAGAUGGUGCUGCAGAACACGCGGCUGAUCGCCAAGGAGAGCCACCCCAUGCACCUCCACGGCUUCAACUUCUUCGUGCUCGCCCAGGGCUUCGGCAACUACGACGAGGCCGCGGCGGCGCCGGGGUUCAACCUCGUCAACCCGCAGGAGCGCAACACCGUCGCCGUCCCCACCGGCGGCUGGGCCGUCAUCCGCUUCGUCGCCAACAACCCUGGGAUGUGGUUCAUGCACUGCCACUUCGACGCCCACCUUGACUUGGGGCUGGGAAUGGUGUUCGAGGUCCAGGACGGGCCGACGGCGGAGACAUCGGUGCCGCCGCCGCCACUGGACCUACCCCAGUGCUAAAACCCAGAUCAAAUGCGAUUCUUUGAAUUGGGCGAUGGAUUUGUCAACAGAAAAAGUGUACAAGCUUUGUCUAGCUAUGUUGUUGUGAUUUUUAACUAUUGUUUGUCCGGUCCGUUACAAGAUUGUGGUAGACUGGUAGUCGCAUAUAUAUAUACUUGCAUAGGGAGCACACGCAUUUUUAUAUGUAAAGAGUCGAGUAGUCAUGGGUAUGAUUGUUUGAGUUUGGUGUAUAAAUAAGUUGGAUAUGUCAACACGUGAAGCAGUCUGGAUAGCAGUUGCUCGGUUGUGACAUUUGACUAGCUGCUCUUUAUCCGCUCGUAUCUAAUCAAUAAAAUUUAUAAAAGUGAGUCCCCA